UAUGAAAGAUGUCUGAAAUCUAUUUUUUUUUUUAUCAUUUUAAAAACAGAUGUAGACGCAAAGUACUUUAGAGACAGGCACAUUUAGCUCCAGGUGUAAAAAAAACAAAACAAAACUAAAAAAUUUCAAAAUUCAGGGUGGUAUCAUGAUACUAAUCCGACACCAAUACUUUGUACAAAAACGUAAUUUUAUAUAUCUUGUCAUUUAACAUGUAUAUACUUGCCUGAACAUUUCAACAAAAAAAAUCAACAUUCACAUUUCCCUCAUUCACAGUAAUGCUGUUCCACACUACAAAUAUUGGUAUCGAUCCAAUACCAAGUAAAUGCAGGGCCAGGAUUGGUUACUAUUUGUUAUUCGGGUAGCUAAUUGGGGGAAGAGUAGUAUGCCAUGAAUUAUCGUUUUAAUCACUACUAUAUCACUGAUUACUUUCCACAAUAAUCAGUUAACGCAACAAAACACCACUUUCAGCUUUUCAGGUCUUUUGAAACGGAGUCUUUGGAGACUUGGAAUGCAAGUUUUUCUGUCUCUAAACCACACAAAAAGGUUUGGACUUUCUUCAUAGUGCAUAUUUGAGGUUUAUUUUUCGAUCCAUUCCGCCCACCUCUACUGGCUGGGGCCUCUUCUCAAUAUGGCGGCCUGGCCUUGGUGGAAAAAGUAGUGGGAUACAUUUUUAUGACAACCGGCUUUUUAAAGAAGAAACCGAGGUCAAAAAGUAGACUAAAAGGAAUCGUUCCACUAUGGUAAUUUGCGGAACCCCCAAGAAAAUCUAUGAAAAGAAAAGGACCGUCAAAGUCAGGAAUAAUAACGCUAAUUGGCUAGCUAACUAGCCGCUAACUAGCCACCAGUCAUACUGGCAGGGGUCACGCACGCCAUGGCUCCUCACCAGCUGGCUGUCACCCUCCAGUCGGCGCCCUCCAUGAUCUCCCAGAAAGUGCAGUUAACUUACCAGCUGUUCUUGCUGGAAAAUGCCCGGAAUAAACUUGAACAAGACCUUCGCAACUUCACCAUCAAGGCCUAUAAAGAUGUCCAAGGUUACCUGAAUUCAUCUUGUCCCAGGAGCUUGUUCAGCGAUCUCUCAAAAGCUUUAGAUGUGAAAUGUCAAACAGUCGCAAAGCUUUCAGCUUCAUUAAAGGACCUCACAGCUGACCCGCAGGUUUGUCUUCUUCCUAAGGUUAAAAAUGGAGUCAGCGGAAAUCAGAUACAGCAGCUUGGCGUCAAAGAGAUUCAGAUUACAGAUGUUUUUAAGUUUGGGCCCAUGUUAAAGAACUCGCUGAUGGCGAGCUCAAUAGCAAAAGCAAUCCAGGUACUGGGAGCCACGGUGUCUCUUCAGCAGCUACAACGCUUCCUCACCUCGAAGCCUGCGGCAGGCUAUCAGGGCAACAUGAUAUGCAGGCGUUCUUCAAGCCUCACCAGCACUGUUUUGACUUCAAGUUGUGAUUUUAAGGUUGAAGAAAAGCAGGUUGAUUUUGAGGAGAAGAGCCAAGUGGAUGCUGGGAUUUUUCCACCUGUCACUGAUGAGAGCCGUGACAGAAGUGCAGAGAGGCCUCAAAUACUUUUACCUCCCUUAAAAGCUGUUUUCCCCGAGCUCAGUAACCCAAAACCCAUGAACACCACACCACUAUUACACUGGGGAUGUGAAGAUGAUGUCAAGGUGCAACACCAAAAACAAACAUCCUCCCAGCUGCUGCACUUCCUCAGAGCAAAAGUUAAAAACAUGGGUUCACUGGAGGUCACGGCCAUGGAGUGGGCUAAACGUGCAUACAGUUCAGAUUUACAGCAGCCUGUGUCACCUACCAUUACACCACAAAAAGACCAGUUCAGUCACGUUGUCACCGAUCUGGUAGAAGUUCUUGCUCCAAAAACUUUGAAUGCAAAGUUUGAAACCCGAGCCCCAGUCUUCAGAGUGAAAAAAGCCGAGUCAAGUGGCUCUCUCAUCUAUAGUUGCGUGAUUGCAACACAAACUGAACUCUGGGAUAUUGGAGACAUCUUCGCAGAGGUAGUGGAGAGGGUCUCUGAUCCUGGUCCCUUGGGAAGUGAAGACUGCCAAAAUAUAACUACUCAGCCAGAGAUCGUGGGUGUGAAUAUCCACUGGAAACCCAAAAGUCCCAAGUGCGCAGAGCCUGAACGUGAUAACAGUUCUGAUGGUGCGAAAAUGGCAACAACCAACAGUUUAAAGAUUCCCGAUUUCCAAAUUCGAAGAUUUGAAGAGACUGAGGUUGUGGUGUCUCACAUUGUGAGUCCGAGCAACUUCUACAUCCAGCAGGCAGACUCCCAUGAGAAGCUACAGGCCUUUGCCACAGACUGGAAAGCCAGUAGUUCAUAUGCUGAGCAGAACUGCAUUCCAGAUAUUGGAACCGUAGUAAUGGGUUGGGUCGCCGAGCGAGAACAAUGGUGCAGGAGCCAGGUGAUAAAGAUAUGUGGCGUGAGCAGAGAUGGUGCUGGGACAGAGACAUCCAUCAAGGUGGAAGUGAAAAGGUUGGACUAUGGUGACACUGCCUGUCUGUCACUGUCAAAUAUAAAGGAGCUGACCCCUGAAAUGGCUACUAUACCACUUCAGGCUGUGCAGGUUUCACUGGCUAAUGUGAUGCCUGUGAAUGGGAGAGAUUGGUCUGAGGAGGCAGUCGGCUGGUUCAAAGCGACUGUACACAACAGGACCCUCUAUGCUAGGCUGUACCCACAGGAAGGCAAAGUUACAGUCGAGCUGUUCAUGGAGAAGGGAAAGCUCGGAGCAAUGAGGAGGGGUGCUUCAUUGUCUUUGAGACUGGCCCAGAAUGGACACGCCAUCCACAGCAAACUUAAGAAGACCAGUCUCAUCAAAAGAAGCUCAGGUCAUACUUCAAGAUGGUCAUCUUUGGACCCGGUGCUGCUUACGCCGCUUGCACCGCUGGCUGAGCCUGACCUGGAGUCGAAAAUGAACUGGGGGUCCUUUUAUGCCGUGAUCAGCGGUGUAAACAGGCACUCUACUGGCAUCGGACGCGUCUGGCUGUCUGUCAUCUUCAUCUUCCGCAUCCUGGUCCUGGUGGUUGCUGCGGAGAGCGUCUGGGGCGAUGAAAAGUCCGGCUUCACCUGCAACACCCAGCAGCCCGGCUGCAAUAGUGUCUGCUACGACCAGUUCUUCCCAAUUUCACACAUCCGUCUGUGGGCGCUCCAGCUCAUCCUGGUCUCCACCCCUGCGCUCUUAGUGGCCAUGCACGUAGCCCACCGAAGGCACAUCGACAAGAAGAUCCUGAAGAGGGCAGGCCGCAGUAGUCCCAAAGAGCUGGAACACAUCAAGAACCAGAAGUUUCAGAUCACGGGCGCUCUGUGGUGGACAUACAUGAUCAGUAUCAUCUUUAGAAUAAUUUUCGAAGUGGCUUUUCUCUACAUCUUUUACUUGAUCUAUCCUGACUUUAAGAUGGUGCGUUUGGUGAAAUGUGACUCAUUCCCUUGCCCCAAUACGGUGGACUGCUUUGUCUCCAGACCGACAGAAAAGACCAUAUUCACUGUAUUCAUGCUGGCAGUGUCUGCGGUGUGUGUGCUGCUCAACCUGGCAGAGGUGGUGUACCUCAUAGGCAGGGCCUGCAAACGGUCCUUCCGCAGCUCUGAAGACGAGUCAAAGUUACCAUGGAUAAGCCAAAGAUUGUCCACUUACAAGCAAAAUGAAAUCAAUCAGCUGAUAGCAGAUCAUUCUCUCAGGUCUAAGUUCACUGUGACCAAAAAGAGCCCAGCCGAGAGGGGUGAGAGGUGUUCUGCUUUCUGAGACUCUCUUGAACUAAUAAGCAGUAACCUCACCUGACCACGUAGUAUCUCAUGCAUUAAAGUCACAUAUAUACUGUGUAUUAGGUCAAUUUCAGCUUUUUGGCUAUUUAUUUAUACAUAAUUCAGUCAGUGGAUCUUAGAUACUUGUUUUUAUCUGUUCAUUUUUACUCACAAAUAUUGGCUGCCGUUCUCGCCUAAACUAGAGUCUGUAGUGAAGAUUAAAAGACCAAACUGGUGCUUAAGAACAUUUUAACUCAAAUCCAAGGUGGCUGUUGUUACAGUAAAACCAAGCUUACCUUGAUUAGAUCUUUAGGGGCUUUUUUCUUUGUUUUUCUUUUUUCUGGAUUCCACAAUGCUUCUGAAGGCUUCCAUUAUAUUAUUUUUUAGUAUAAAUAGCAGUUUGUCAAGUUGUUGACAAGCUUAGGCUGACUAUUAGUGUGAUGCCUUGUUUUUGUAACAGCUGUAUUGUUGUUGCAGCUCAGUAUUCUUAGAAGAAUAAAACAGGUGUACAGAAUUGUUGUUGAAUAUGAGCAAUUUAAAACAUACCAGUUAUAAUUGGUGCAAAAAGUCUGUAAAGAUUGCUGUUUGGAAAAGGGUUUGUAAUCUGUACAUAAGUCCACACCAUAGCAGAUCAUUCGAUACUGAAGUUUAAGAAAAUUGUGGACGCCACGAUUCCAAACUAAACAAACGAAAACACGUAACGGUAAAAGUCAACCGAAAUGCUCUGAAACAUCACUUUGGUCCUUUAAAAAUCAGAGGUUAUUGAAGGAGUUGAAAUGCUGGAUGAGAAAUUCAAAAAAUGAAACCAUUAGAAGCUAGUGGAUGUAUAGGAAAGCACAUAUAAAUGGGUAAAAUGACUUGAACAGCUGUUAACAGUAUGGUGGUUAGAUUUUAUUUGAUGGUCACUGAUUUUUUCUGAACUUAAUGUAGACCGCUUGUUGCUACAGUUGGUGCUAGAAAAGAAAUUUUCAAUUAAAAACAAAACAAAACAAUGUAAUACUGUCCAAACAUGAUUGCCAUGUCAUCACCGGUGCCUGUAAGCCACAGUGUUGAAACCAGCUGCCUAAUAUCAUGCCAUCAAAAGAGCUCAAAUGCACUGAAGCAUGAAACUUCGACUUUUUGAAGUUGUGUAUCUGGAGAGUUUGGAGGCCAGGUUACUACCUUGAUCUAUUGUGUUCAGAUGGUAGCACUCUCACGCAUGGAAAGAAGUUUCCACAGAGAACACUGUUUUGUAAGGAUGUUCAACCAUCAGCGGUUUUAAUAUUGUGGCUUCUACAUGUGUGUUCACUUUGACUUGUCGGUAAACCUUCAUCAAUUUUCAGCUCAUAAUCCCCAAAAAGUUAAAAAUGUCGGUGUUAGUCCUUUCCGCUUGUCUGCAGAGGUACCUCAGCUUAGAAUUUGUCCAGUCUCAUUACUGCAGAUAUAUCCUUGAGUUAGAAUACCUUUCCUUACUUUUCAUCUUUGUAAAAUUUUCUUCCAGUGGGCUUAAAUAAAUGUUUGCAGCUGACGUACUGUUUAACAGACCCUAGUAUUAACCAUCAUGAUAUAUCAGUGAACAUCUCACUUGUCCUGUAAAUGUAAAUAAAAUGUAAAGUAGCUGUUUAUAGAGUGAGUUGUUGUGUUUAGUAGCUAGGAUUUUAACUCAUUGAAACUCAGCUUUUUUAAUAAAUAAAUACAUUUACCCCUUUCCUGUCACUGUGAUUUGGAACUUCAGGAUGCCAGUAGUUGUUCAUCUCCAAAUCAUUCCUGCACCACCACCAUCCCAUCUCCACCCCCAUGAUAGGAAAAGAGACCCUUGUGAUAUAUUUAGAUCUCGGGAACACUUGUGGCCAGACAGACUUAGCAGACAAGAUCAUUGGCCAGCUGCCCUGUCACUCGCCGUAGCAUGCGAGCAGGGGUUUGUUUAAUAGUUUAC